GAUAAGAUUACCUACAAGCAGCAAUUUAGUCUACAGGGAACUACAUGUAUGCUUUGUCAACAAAUACUUCAUAAAUAUCUAUUUGUUAAUUUAAAUUCUGUUAUAAAUAAACAACUACCAUUUGAUAAAUGCUUGGUCACUUCAAUUUUUCAAUAUUACUUAACUAAAGGAAAUGCUGUUUUCACACCAAAUGAUUUAUUAGAUCUGAUAAAUAUAAAGAAUGUUUUAGACAAAACUUGUGCUAAUAUCACAAAUAAUACUUGUAGCAAAGAUUAUGUUAGUGUUUAUACUGAAUUUGAUAAAACUUAUGCAGAAUUAAAUCAAAAUUUCAAUGGAAUACCUAAUCCUAUUAGAUCAACAGCUUUG